GAGCGAGUUGGAUUCCAUCUUUUCUUCUCUACAACUUUGCUUCCUGGAGGCGAGUUCUGCCUCGCGGACUCACCAAGAAACGGCGGCGUCCGGUGUGUGAGCUCGUUAGCGGCGCAGGCUAGUUGAAACUUAGAAAUGGAUGCUGAGGAUUUGAAUGGCAGAGAAUUGACAAUUGAUUCCAUAAUGAACAAAGUGAGAGAUAUUAAAAAUAAAUUUAAAAAUGAAGACCUUACUGAUGAGCUAAGUUUGAAUAAAAUCUCUGCUGAUACUACAGAUAACUCUGGAACUGUUAACCAAAUUAUGAUGAUGGCAAAUAACCCAGAGGACUGGUUGAAUUUCUUGCUCAAACUGGAGAAAAACAGUGCACCCCUGAAUGAUGCUCUUUUAAAUAAAUUGAUUGGUCGUUACAGUCAAGCCAUUGAAGCACUUCCUCCAGAUAAAUAUGGCCAAAAUGAGAGUUUUGCUCGAAUUCAAGUGAGAUUUGCUGAAUUAAAAGCUAUUCAAGAGCCAGAUGAUGCACGGGACUACUUUCAAAUGGCCAGAGAAAACUGCAAGAAAUUUGCUUUUGUGCAUAUAUCUUUUGCACAAUUUGAACUGUCUCAAGGCAAUUUCAAAAAAAGUAAACAACUUCUUCAUAAAGCUGUUGAAAGUGGAGCAGUACCACUAGAGAUGCUGGAAAUUGCCAUAUGUAAUUUAAAUCUCCAAAAAAGGCAUCUACUUUCAGAGGAGGAAAAGAAGAGUUUAUCAGCAUCUACAGUACUAACCUCUCAAGAAUCAUUCACCAAUUCGCUUGGACAUUUACAGAAUAAGAACAUUAGUUGUGAUUCCAGAGGACAGGCCACUAAAGCCAGGUUUUUGUAUGGAGAGAAUAUACCCCCACAAGAUGGAGAAAUAGGUCGGCGAAAUCCCCUGAAACAAACUAACAAAACUAAACGGUCAUGCCCAUUUGGAAGAGUCCCAGUUAACCUUCUAAGUAGCCCAGAUUAUCAUGUGAAGACAGACGGUUCAGCUGUGCCAAGUUUUACAAAAAGACAGAUCUCUGGAUCAGAAUGCCGAGAUUUGAAUGUGCCUGCAUCUAAACUAAGUGGAAAUGAUUCCCAUGAAAUAAGAAGUUUAAAGUCUGUUAAAAAUAUCCAUUCCAAGGAACCUCUGGUGUCAGAUGAAAAGAAUUCUGAACUUAUUACUGACUCAAUAACCCUGAAGAAUAAAACUGAAUCAAGUCUUCUAAACAAAUUAGAAGAAAUGAAAGAACUCCAAGAACCAAAGGUUCCAGAAAGUAAUCAAAAACAAUGGCAAUCUAAGAGAAAGUCAGAAUGUGUGAACCCGAAUCCUGUUGCCUUUUCAAAUCAGUGGCAUAUUCCAGAUGUAACCCCAAAGGCUGAUACAGAGCAGAAACAUAUCACUGUUGAGCAGCCUGUCCUUUCAGUUUCAAAGCAGUCACCUCCAGUGUCAGCACCUAAAUGGAUUGAUCCAAAAUCUAUUUGUCAGACACCAAGUAGCAAUAGCUUGGAUGAUUACAUGAACUGUUUUAGAACUCCAGUUGUAAAGAAUGAUUUUCCACCUGUGUGUCCAUCAUCAACACCGUACAGCCAGCUUGCCUGUUUCCAGCAGCCACAGCAGCAAGUACCCGCUACUCCUCUUCAAAACCUACAGAUUUCGGGAUCCUCUUCAACGAAUGAAUGCAUUGCCGUUAAAGGAAGAAUUUAUUCCAUAUUAAAACAGAUAGGCAGUGGAGGUUCAAGUAAGGUCUAUCAGGUGUUGAAUGAAAAGAAGCAGAUAUAUGCUAUUAAAUACGUGAAUUUAGAAGAAGCAGAUAAUCAAACUAUUGAUAGUUAUCGGAAUGAAAUAGCUUAUUUGAAUAAACUACAACAACACAGUGAUAAGAUCAUCAGACUUUAUGAUUAUGAAAUCACAGACCAGUACAUCUACAUGGUAAUGGAAUGUGGAAAUAUCGAUCUUAAUAGUUGGCUUAAAAAGAAAAAAUCGAUCAAUCCAUGGGAACGCAAGAGUUACUGGAAAAAUAUGUUGGAAGCCGUACACACAAUCCAUCAACAUGGCAUUGUUCAUAGUGAUCUUAAGCCUGCCAACUUUCUGAUAGUUGAUGGAAUGCUAAAGCUAAUUGAUUUUGGGAUUGCAAACCAAAUGCAACCAGAUACAACAAGUAUUGUUAAAGAUUCUCAGGUUGGUACCGUUAAUUACAUGCCACCAGAAGCAAUCAAAGAUAUGUCUUCCUCAAGAGAGAAUGGGAAAUCCAAGUCGAAGAUAAGCCCCAAAAGUGAUGUUUGGUCCUUAGGAUGCAUUUUGUACUAUAUGACUUAUGGGAAAACACCAUUUCAGCAUAUAAUUAAUCAGAUUUCUAAGUUACAUGCCAUAAUUGAUCCUAAUCAUGACAUUGAAUUUCCUGAUAUUCCAGAGAAAGAUCUUCAAGAUGUGUUAAAGUGUUGUUUAGUAAGGGACCCUAAACAGAGGAUAUCCAUUCCUGAGCUCCUGGCACAUCCAUAUGUUCAAAUUCAAAUUCAUCCAGGUAACCAAAUGGCUAAGGGAGCCACUGAUGAAAUGAAAUAUGUUCUGGGCCAACUGGUGGGUCUGAAUUCUCCUAACUCCAUUUUGAAAGCUGCUAAAACUUUAUAUGAGCGCUAUAGUAGUGGAGAAAGUCAUGAUUCUUCAUCAACCAAGACUUUUGAAAAAAAAUGGGAAAAAAAAUGAUAUACAAUUACUCAUAAACUGUCAACUAUAAAAUACACUGUACUGUUAACACUUUUGAUUCUGUAUGGAAAUCUACUCUUGAAAACCACUUCACUCUGAAAUGCCAUCAGCAAAAAAAUUCAGUAAAUUAUCCUUAUAGAAAGAAACAAAACAAUAAUCUCUAACGGCACUGUAUAUAUUAAAUUGUAGAAUCAUUUUCUGUUUUAUGUUUUUCUGUAAAUCACAUGUAUUUAUAGCAUUUCAUACUUGGAAUACUGGGUAGACAACUGAAAUAUAUUUUGAAGAACUAUGUAAAUAAAGCUUUAUAGCAUUAAGUGA